AUGGCGUCUGCGGCUUCCGGACAGCAGUCGGCCAUCGGGCAAUACAGCAGCCCUAAGAACGCCAACGGCAACUACGAGGUGACGCUGAUUCCGGGCGACGGUAUCGGACCUGAGAUCUCCAAGUCCGUUGAGCGCAUUUUCAGUGCGGCUCAGGUGCCCAUCGAGUGGGAGUCUGUCGACGUGACACCUAUCCUGCGCGACGGCAAGACGGUGAUUCCCGACGAGGCUCUUAACUCCAUCCUGCGCACCAAGAUUGCGCUCAAGGGUCCCCUGGCCACGCCCAUUGGCAAGGGCCACGUUUCCCUGAACCUCACACUGCGUCGUACAUUCAACCUGUAUGCUAACGUGCGGCCGUGCAAGUCUGUGCCGGGAUUCGCCACGAAUUACGACAACGUGGACACUGUGCUGAUUCGUGAGAACACUGAGGGAGAGUAUUCGGGUAUCGAGCACGAGGUUGUUAAUGGCGUUAUGCAGAGCAUUAAGCUUAUUACCAGACCGGCUUCGGAGCGCGUAGCGAGGUUUGCGUUUGCUCACGCGAUUGCCACUGGGCGUAACCAUGUCACGGUUGUGCAUAAGGCUAAUAUCAUGAAGCUUUCCGACGGGCUUUUCCUGCAGGCUUGCCAGGAGGUUGCUCGGGAGUUCCCCCAGGUGGAGUUUGACGAGAUCUUGCUGGAUCGCGCUUGCCUUCAGAUUGUCCAGGACCCCAGCCACUACCGCAACACCGUUAUGGUGAUGCCCAACCUGUAUGGAGAUAUCUUGUCGGAUAUGUGCGCCGGCCUUAUCGGCGGACUUGGGCUUACACCCUCGGGCAACAUUGGACGCGAUGCUUCGAUCUUUGAGAGCGUUCACGGUACGGGACCGGAUAUCGCCGGCUUGGAUAAGGCCAACCCUACGGCCCUUCUACUUUCGUCCUGCAUGAUGCUGAGACACAUGAACUUGAACUCAUUUGCCAACCGUAUUGAGGAUGCCGCACUCAAGACUAUUGCCGAGGGCAAGGCUAUUACUGCUGAUUUGGGCGGUAAGGCAUCGAACACGCAGUUCACCGAUGCUAUUAUUGCCAAGCUUUAA